AUGCCGCAGUCCAAGUCCCGGAAGAUCGCGAUCCUGGGCUACCGGUCUGUGGGGAAAUCCUCGCUGACGAUUCAGUUUGUCGAAGGCCAAUUUGUUGACUCCUACGAUCCAACUAUAGAAAACACUUUCACAAAAUUGAUCACAGUAAAUGGACAAGAAUAUCAUCUUCAACUUGUAGACACAGCUGGGCAGGAUGAAUAUUCCAUCUUCCCUCAGACAUACUCCAUAGAUAUUAACGGUUAUAUCCUCGUGUAUUCUGUUACAUCAAUCAAAAGUUUUGAAGUGAUUAAAGUCAUCCAUGGCAAAUUGUUGGACAUGGUGGGGAAAGUGCAAAUACCUAUUAUGUUGGUCGGGAAUAAGAAAGACCUACAUAUGGAAAGGGUGAUCAGUUAUGAAGAAGGGAAAGCAUUAGCAGAAUCUUGGAAUGCAGCUUUUUUGGAAUCUUCUGCUAAAGAAAAUCAGACUGCUGUUGAUGUCUUUAGAAGGAUAAUUUUGGAGGCAGAAAAAAUCGAUGGCGCUGCUUCACAAGGCAAGUCGUCCUGCUCGGUGAUGUGA